GAGUCGCCACCGGGCGACUCAGAUAUCGCCGAUGAAGUUCGUGCGCUGGCACAGAGCCUUGGCCAAGUUUCCCUCCAUGAGGACUCCCGGCAGACUUACUAUCUAGGUACCUCAACUGGUGUCCUUUUCGCGCAUCUUAUCAGUGCCAGUACAACCGGAUCUCGUGAUCCCUCAGGGCCGGUAGUCAUUGAAGAAGAGAAUACCCAGGGGGAUGUCUCCUUCGAGAGGUUGAGAACCACAUUGUUACAGGAGUUGCCUCCCCGCGAUCGGUGUCAAGACUUGCUGGAUGAGUAUUUCCGUAUCAUCCAUCCCGACUUCCCAAUUCUUGAUCCGGCGUCGGUCUCGAGCAUCUGUGAAGCGCUCUACGCAUUAUCUUCACUGACCAAUCCUUGCAAGAUUGGGAGCAAAGGGUGGCCCGUAGAUCGACCCGGAUUUGCCUACAACGGCGAGAUGGAAAUUCGGAACGGGCAAUAUGAAACAUCAAUUUCAGUUUAUGCUGCGGCCUUCCACCUAUUUAUGAUCUUUAGCAUUGCUUCCACACUCAAAAUGCGUCGGAGGCAGCUGGAGGACUCUCCGCAGCGACUCUACCGAGCGGCUAUGUCCUUCUCCCAUCAUGUCCUACCCAGACCCUCCCUCGUCGGCAUACAGUCUCUCGUGCUUCUGAUUGCACACAGCCUAAUGGCACCAUCUGGAGUCAAUACCUGGACAAUGGUGCAUCUCUACAUGGCAAAUUGUGUUGAUAUCGGGCUACACCGUGAAAUGGCCGCCAGUCCCUAUAAUCGUCUCCCAAUUCAUAUAAGGAGAAUGGUGUUCUGGACGGUUUAUUCAUUAGACAGGUCAAUAUCCACGAUUCAAGGAAGACCCCUCGGAAUACGAGACGAAACAUUCGACCUAUCGCGUCCCGGUCUAGAAUUUCCUGGCAGCACCGCAACCCCCGGCAGCCCGUUCGGGCCAAGCUUUGAUCCCAAGGGCUUAUGGCCGUACACAACACACCAUCUCGCCCUAGACCGCUGGAUCUCAGCCAUCAAACUACUUCUUUAUCGGUGUCCGUCGUCCUGCCAGCAGAACCUUUUCAUGUGGCCUCCAGACCUCGAAAAACAACAGGCGAUCCUCAAAGGCAAGCUUCAGGCCUGGUAUCUCGAGAUUCCCAACAUCGUGAGCCAACUAAUCGUUCCGAAUGAACCUUUGCGGGACAAGCUCCCAUGCAAGAUCUGCUACGAAUCGGCCGUCAAACGGCUCAUGAUCUACUCUCAGCUAUAUGAGAACGAGCAGCUUUUCUGCGGUUGGCGGAGCAUGCGGGACAUAUUCCAUUCGGGGGUGACCUUUCUCUACUUGCUUUACGGCUUGCCGUUUAUACGACAGUCGGUUUCGCUUCCCGAGGUCUCCAAAAUAAUGCGCCUGUGCUCAAACCUCCUGAGCACGGGCGGUGAGUGGUGGCCUUUGCUGAAGAAAGCGAAGAAAAGACUGGAAAGGGUGGCCGACAUCGUGAUAGAUAAGCUC